AUGUCAGCGGCCGCAAUGGCCGACAACGGCGAUCCGGCCAUGGGCGUUCUUGGCAUGGCAGGCUGGUCGUCAUCUUGGAUCUGCGGGGGAGAGGACGGCGGGCGGCUCACCGUCGCGUCCCCGUGCGUGCAGAGGACACUCAUAGACUGUGUCAAUGUGGUCCUUCUCGUCGCGUACGUCUCCACGUUGGUGGUCGCCUGCGUCAGGCGGCGGCAGUGCGCUGCAGCUGCAAGCCGGAGGAGCAGCGCUCCUGGGUGGGUGCUGCUCGUCGUCUCCACGUGCUGCGUGGCGGCUGCCGUGGCGUACGGUGUCACGGCUCUCCAGGACGCCUACGACAUCAAGGCGGCGGUUCCUUACUUCGUCAGGGGCCUGGUCUGGAUCGCGCUGGCGGCGUCGCUGCACGCCCAGCCGACGAGGCCAGCGAGGGCCGUGGCCGUAUUCUGGUGGGCGCUCUUCUCGCUGCUGGUCACCGCGUACAAUGUAGAGAUCCUUGCCGGGGGCCACAGCCUCGGCCUCGCGGAGACGAUCGCGUGGCCGGUGAGCCUCCUCCUGCUGCUCUGCGCCGUCGGCUCCCUGCUGCCGUGGGGCCACCGGGACGCAUCCAACGACGGCUGCAGCGGCUUGUCAGAGCCUCUGAUCGGCAAAGACAGGACCGUGCCAACCUCGGAGCUGUACCGCGCUGGCCUGUUCGGCCAGCUUGCCUUCUCGUGGCUGAACCCUCUGCUCCGUGUCGGCCGCUCCAAGGCGCUGGACCUCGACGACAUCCCGCUCAUCGCCGAUGACGACACCGCGCACCACACAUCGCAGAAGUUUGCCGAGGCCUGGAGCCGCCACGUGAGUGACAAGGCCAGGAGCCGCCGGAGAGUGGGCAGCAACAGCCUCGCCCUCGUCCUGUGCAAGUGCUUCCUCGGCGAGAUCCUGCUCACCGGCUUCUACGCCUUCCUGAGAACGCUGUCCGUAGCAGUUGCCCCCUUGCUGCUCUUCGCGUUCGUGUGGUACAGCAACCAGGAGGAGCGAGACCUCCGGGUCGGCCUGGCCCUUGUCGGCUGCCUGCUGCUCACCAAGCUCGUCGAGUCCCUGUCGCAGCGGCAUUGGUUCUUUGACUCGAGGAGGACCGGGAUGCGCAUCCGGUCAGCGCUGAUGGCGGUCAUCUUCCGGAAGCAGCUCAGGCUGUCCAGUCAGGGGAGGAACAACCACUCCACUGGCGAGAUCGUCAACUACAUUGCGGUCGAUGCGUACCGGCUUGGCGACGCCAUCAGCUGGCUGCACAUGGGGUGGAGCUCGCCACUUCAGCUGGUCUUCGCAGUCGCCACUCUCUUCUGGGCACUCAAGCUUGGGGCUCUUCCUGGUCUGGUCCCCCUUGUCAUCUUUGGCUUCCUCAACGUGCCAUUCGCGAAAAUGUUGCAAGGGUACCAGGCCAAGUUCAUGGUUGCCCAGGACGAGAGGCUCCGGUCGACGUCCGAGAUACUUAACAGCAUGAAGAUCAUCAAGCUGCAGUCAUGGGAAGACAAGUUCCGCCACAUGAUCGAGUCGUUCAGGGACAGGGAGUUCAAAUGGCUGAGGGAGACCCAGAUGAAGAAGGCCUACGGUGCAGUCAUGUACUGGAUGUCCCCGACGGUCGUCUCUGCUGUGAUGUACACAGCUACGGCCAUCAUGGGGAGUGCUCCCCUGAAUGCUAGCACACUCUUCACGGUCUUGGCCACCCUGAGGGUAAUGGCUGAGCCAGUGAGGUUCCUUCCUGAGAUCCUCACAAUGAUGAUCCAGUACAAGGUGUCAUUAGAUCGAAUUGAGAAGUUUCUUCUCGAAGACGAGAUCAGAGAGGAGGAUGUGAAAAGAGUACCUUCAGAUAACUCUGGUGUCAGAAUUCAAGUCCAAGAUGGAAAUUUCAGCUGGAAGGCAAGCGGAGCUGAUUUGUCACUGAGGAAUGUUAACCUUCGCAUAAAUAGAGGAGAGAAGGUGGCCGUUGCAGUAUUUGGUUCAGUGGCAUAUGUUUCACAGACCUCGUGGAUACAGAGUGGGACUGUUCGUGACAAUAUACUCUUCGGGAAGCCUUUCAACAAGGAACUGUAUGAUAAGGCAAUCAAAUCUUGUGCUCUGGACAAGGAUAUCGAAAAUUUUGAUCAUGGAGACCUCACAGAGAUUGGUCAGAGAGGACUGAACAUGAGUGGAGGUCAGAAGCAAAGGAUUCAGCUGGCUAGAGCCGUCUACAAUGAUGCAGAUGUUUAUCUACUGGAUGACCCAUUCAGUGCAGUUGAUGCACACACUGCUGCGGUUCUUUUUUAUGAAUGUGUAAUGACAGCACUUGCAGAGAAGACCGUUGUUCUUGUGACCCACCAGGUUGAAUUUCUGACCGAAACCGAUAGAAUUCUGGUAAUGGAAGGUGGUCAAGUUAGUCAACAAGGGAAAUAUUCAGAACUUCUGGGAUCUGGGACAGCAUUUGAGAAGCUGGUUUCUGCUCACCAGUCUUCGAUCACAGCAUUGGAUACUAGUGCUAGCCAACAGAACCAAGAUCAAGGGCAACAAGCGUCUGAUGAAUACAUAGUGCCAAGUGCACUGCAGGUUAUAAGGCAGGCCAGCGACAUCGAAGUCACCGCAAAGGGACCUUCAGCAGCAAUACAACUUACAGAAGAGGAAGAGAAGGGCACUGGUGACCUGGGAUGGAAGCCAUACAAAGACUACAUAAAUGUACCCAAGGCGGCUUUCCAAUUCUCUGGCAUGUGUACUUCUCAGGUGCUCUUCACGUGCUUCCAGAUCGCAUCCACAUAUUGGUUGGCGGUGGCUGUUCAGAUGGAUAGCGUCAGUGCUGCACUUCUUGUUGGGGCAUAUUCUGGACUCUCUAUCUUCAGCUGCUGCUUCGCCUACUUUAGAAGCCUUUUUGCGGCUAAUCUGGGUCUAAAGGCCUCCAAAGCAUUCUUUGGCGGGCUAAUGGAUUCCGUAUUCAAGGCUCCCAUGUCAUUUUUUGACUCAACACCAGUGGGAAGAAUUUUAACAAGGGCAUCUUCAGAUUUAAGCAUUCUAGACUUCGACAUACCUUACUCCAUGGCUUUUGUGGCGACGGGCGGUAUUGAGGUUGUUACCACAGUACUGGUCAUGGGUACUGUAACUUGGCAAGUCUUGGUUGUAGCUAUCCCAGUUACGAUCACCAUGAUAUAUGUUCAGAGGUACUACGUUUCCUCAGCUAGGGAGCUAGUAAGAAUCAAUGGAACAACAAAGGCACCUGUAAUGAACUAUGCGUCAGAAUCAAUUCUUGGUGUGGUGACGAUCAGGGCAUUUGCAGCAACUGAGAGGUUUAUCCACAGCAACAUGCAGCUUAUCGACACUGAUGCGACACUGUUCUUCCAUACCGUUGCAGCACAAGAGUGGGUGCUCAUAAGAGUAGAGGCACUGCAGUCCUUGACAAUAAUCACAGCAGCAUUGUUCCUUGUUCUGGUUCCUCCAGGAGCAAUUUCUCCAGGUUCUAUUCCUACUUGGAAAACUACAUCAUCUCUGUUGAACGAAUCAAGCAGUAUAUGCACCUCCCAGUGGAGCCACCGGCCAUUAUACCAGAAAAUAGACCUCCAACUUCAUGGCCACAGGAGGAAGGAUAGACCUGCAAGAUUUGAAGGGAGGACCGGAAGUGGGAAAUCAACACUUAUCAGCUCAUUGUUCCGUCUCGUUGAUCCGGCGGGUGGGAAGAUACUUAUUGACAAGUUGGAUAUUUGCUCCAUUGGCCUUAAGGAUCUAAGAACUAAACUAAGUAUUAUUCCUCAAGAACCUACACUUUUCAGGGGAACCGUGCGCACCAAUUUGGAUCCCCUUGGCCUGCAUUCUGAUCAAGAGAUAUGGGAGGCCUUGGAGAAGUGUCAACUGAAGACAGCAAUCAGCAGCACCUCUGCUCUUCUUGAUACAGUUGUGAGUGAUGAUGGCGAUAAUUGGAGUGCUGGACAGCGUCAGCUCUUCUGUCUUGGCAGAGUUCUCCUCCGCAGGAACAAAAUUCUAGUUCUAGAUGAGGCGACGGCAUCCAUCGACUCUGCAACAGAUGCAAUCCUGCAGAAAGUAAUCAGGCAGCAGUUCUCAAGUUGCACGGUUAUAACCAUAGCUCACAGGGUACCAACUGUGACAGACAGUGACAGGGUCAUGGUCUUGUCCUACGGGAAGCUUCUAGAAUAUGAAACGCCAGCCAAGCUGUUGGAAGACAAACAAUCAGCAUUUGCUAAACUUGUGGCUGAGUAUUGGGCUAAUACCAAGCGAAAUUCAACAUGA